CCGUUAAUUGUGCCGUCACCCCGAGUUGGUGUUUGGUUAAAUGCGCACUACUGCCUCAUAGCCUAACGGGAUACGCCCAUUGCUGUUGAAGUACAAGGCAGAGGAUGUACGUGUUGGGGCUGUUCACAGAGCGAGGGGUGGGUCACCUCAAGGGAGUGACAUGUGGACUGUGUCUACUGUUGUUCCUGGGGACAUCUAGAGGUCAGGACGACCACCAUGUACUUCGACUACACAAUGACAUCAUCAGAAACAACAACCCAAAUGUCAGACCAGUCAAGAACAGCAGUGACUCUAUCACGGUCUCAUUGGAACUUCACCUUCUCAGCAUAUCUGAUUUUGAUGAAGUUACUCAGACAGUGACAGCCAAUGGGUUUUUCUUAGUUUCCUGGAAAGAUGAGUUUCUAACCUGGAACGUCAGCGAGUAUGGAGGUAUCAAUGAAAUAAAUCCUGACUAUGGGAAGGUUUGGAGACCUUAUAUUGCAAUUCGAAACCAGGUGGUUGACGCUGAACCUCUGGGACUCGACUUUGGUGUCAUUAAAGUGACCGCCGAAGGAAUUGUGACUUGGUCACCUGGCGAUACCUUCAAGACUUUCUGCCAAAUGGAUGUUACCAACUUUCCUUUGGAUGAACAGGAGUGUACCUAUAAGACGUUUGAUUGGAGAACUAGUCUGAAAGAAGUUGAUUUAAGACCGACUAAUAACUCUAUAGGAUUAAAUUUGUUUGACUCCAACAGCCAAUGGGAUAUCACCAACACAUCUGCAUCAAGACUUGUCCUUGGACACAGUGGCAGCUAUUAUCCUUGGGUACACUACAAAAUGAGCCUGAAGAGAAAGCCAUCUUUGGCGAUACUGACAACUCUCCUGCCUAUCCUGGUGCUGGGAUUAGUGAAUGUGGUGGUGUUCCUCAUUCCUGUGGAGUCUGGAGAGAAGGUGUCCUUUGCCAUCACGGUGUUGCUAUCUUUCACUGUAUCCCUAUCCUUCGUCACUGGACUGCUGCCACAGAACGCUGACAGUAUACCUGUGUUUACUAUCUUUCUUGUUGGCCUGUUUAUCAUGAGCUCUCUCUACGUGUUCCUGACCAUCUGGACCGUUCAAGUGUUCCAUCGGGACGCAGCCAUCAAACCUGUUCCGUCGUGGAUGGGACGUAUGACAAGGUCCUGGGAGAGAUGCAUCUUUGGCACUCCUGCUGUUGGAAGUACGGAGAUCCUGUCACUGGACAAGAAGUCGAAUGAAUCAUGGAAUCCACCACCAAUGACCUGGAAGCGAGUCAGCAGAAUGAUGAGCAGGAUUUUCUUCUUUUUGUUUUUCAUGCUGUUCAUCAUUACAACAGUGGUGUUUUUCCUGAAGAUAUCAUAUUUCUGAUAUUACGGAAACCAUGAUUAUUGUAAAUAUAAUCUGUCUGACAUAGGAAGGACACAGAGACAAUAGUAUGAUCUGAUAUUUUUCUAACGGUUGGUUGUCAGUAUUCUCUACCAAC